CGCAUCCUCUCCCGUCCUAAAAGGGGAUGCGUGGUCCGUGCCCUGCCUCAGCUACCGGUCUACCGGAGCCCGAUGUCAGCGCCGGCAAGGGGGCUGCUGCCGGCUGCUGCUACUGCUUGGGAAAAUGAAGCGACACCCCCCAUGCUCUCGCUGCUGCCGCCGCCGCUGCUGCUAUCGACGGGGGUGUUAGAAGGAAGGGCGGCGCGGAGCGCUGCGCACACCGCAAGCCCCACGAGCCUGCUCUCUACCUGAGGCGGACCGCGAUCCGGGCGCUCGUGGUUCUCGGGCAUUUCAAUAAACUGCUUAGGCAUCCGUGCUGCUGUGGUUUUUUUUUUUAAUCCUCCUGCUAGAGGCGGUCGAGUGCCUCCCCUUCUCCCGCAGAAGGAAGAUUGGCUUGGUGCUGCCGCUGCCUCUGCUACUACCUCCUUCUUAUCCGCCUCCUCCUGCCAGGGAGCUGGAGCUCUCCCUGGACCCCUUCGUGCAGGGGGCUCGCUGAAGAAAACGGGCUCUGGGAGGCUAUGGGGAGGCUCUCUUCAUGUUGAUGCCCUAGGUCGAUUCUUCUCCUCCUCCCCCUCGAAAGGGUUGCGAUUUCCCCCCUCCCCCCAAAAAUCCCUUCAACAUUCCCAAAUGCCUGUAGACUUUUGUGUUUAAAAUCCGGCCGAAGAAGGCACGUAAGAUCAUCUGGAAAGGCAGAAAAUUGGCCGGAGAGACCUGUCAGGAUUAAUACUGUAACUGGCCGGGGUGCGCUGGCAGCGUAGGAAACGGGGAAAAAUCCUUUUAAGAAUUGAUCUGCUAAGCAACGCUCACGGCACGUCUUCAUUGGUCAUCAUGGGGGAGCAACCCAUCUACAGCACCCGAGCUCAUGUCUUCCAAAUUGACCCAAAUACAAAGAAGAACUGGGUUCCCACCAGCAAGCAUGCUGUUACUGUGUCCUAUUUCUAUGACAGCACAAGAAACGUUUAUAGGAUCAUCAGCUUGGAUGGCUCAAAGGCAAUAAUAAAUAGUACCAUCACUCCCAACAUGACAUUCACAAAAACAUCACAAAAGUUUGGUCAAUGGGCAGAUAGCAGAGCAAAUACUGUUUAUGGCUUGGGAUUUUCCUCUGAGCAUCAUCUCUCAAAGUUUGCAGAAAAAUUUCAGGAAUUUAAAGAAGCUGCACGACUAGCUAAGGAAAAAUCCCAAGAAAAGAUGGAAUUAACAAGUACACCAUCACAGGAAUCUGCGGGUGAUAUUCAAUCUCCUCUUACACCGGAGAGCAUUAAUGGGACAGAUGAUGAAAGGACAAUGCCAGAAGUGACACAAAAUUCAGAACCAAGGGCUGAAGCAACCCAGAAUGCAUUGCCAUUUGCGCAUAGUUCGGCAAUCAGCAAGCACUGGGAAGCAGAACUUGCUACGCUAAAGGGCAACAAUGCCAAGCUGACAGCAGCUCUCCUUGAGUCCACUGCCAACGUGAAACAAUGGAAACAGCAGCUUGCUGCGUAUCAAGAGGAAGCAGAACGUCUACAUAAACGAGUGACUGAACUGGAGUGUGUGAGUAGUCAAGCAAAUGCAGUCCAAACUCAUAAAACAGAAUUAAAUCAGACAAUACAAGAAUUAGAAGCAACACUGAAGAAAAAGGAAGAGGAAAUUGAAAAAUUGAGAGAAGAAAUUGACAAUGCCAGAGAGCUUCAGGCGCAAAGAGACUCUUUAACUCAGAAAUUACAAGAAGUGGAAGUUCGAAAUAAAGAUCUAGAAGGCCAACUAUCUGAUCUUGAACAGCGUUUGGAGAAAAGUCAGAAUGAACAAGAAGUUUUUCGCAAUAACUUGAAAACACUUUUAGAAAUUCUCGAUGGCAAAAUUUUUGAACUUACAGAACUACGAGAUAAUCUGGCCAAGCUAAUAGAAUGCAGCUAAAGAAUACAGGAUCUCAGUGCCAAACUUCUUAAAGAUGCACUGUCUCUCUUCAUACAGGACUUUGUUGGGCUCUGCAUCAAAGUUGCACAAAAUUAGAAAAAUGCUCCUUCAGAAGGGCCUGUUUUAAAUUUUCAACAAUAUACAAUAUACAGUAUUUCAAUGUAAAAUUUCAGAAUUGAGCUUGUAGUUAGUUGAAAAAAAAUAAUAACUUGAAGUACAAAUUACCUCCUUGUAUAUAAUUGGCCAUAGAUAACUCGAGGGUAUUAACAGUAACUGAAUGCAAUCCUUUUCUAAUUAUUAGCCAAUGAAAUAAUAAGAAGUGCUUCAAAUGACAUCCCUCUUAGUGUUCCACACAAUGUAGGCGAUCAGUUUUAUUUUCUUUGUUAAGGCAACAGUAUGCUGUGUUUUGUGCAAGAACUUUGUGAUGACAGCCCUCUCUUUCGUUGUAAUCUGAAUAAUUUCUCAGGAUAUUUUGUACUGUUGAAAAAAACAGUGCAUUACCAAUUAAUUCUUGCCAGGAGUGAGAGAGAGUUGCAUCUUUAAUUCAGACCUAAUGAAUUAAUGCUUGUAUAGAGUUCUUCCCUUUUUUUUUAUACUGGAAGAUACUGUCUUUAUUUACAAUGUUCACUCUGGUGUUCUAUAAUAUUGUCUAGUGUAUGGUUUACUUUUUUCCUAUUGGGAAUUCAUGUAUGUAGAAAUUAUGUAUUUCAUUUUGUUAUGCAUUUUGAAGCCUAUCUAUGAAGACAAGCAAGUCCCUGAAAGGAAUUUUAAAUUUUGCUAUGUUCAAAUAAGGUUCAGUCUAUACUUAUGGAAUAUCACAUGGAGUUAACUUUUCUUAUCAAAAUAUGUUUUAGUAAUUUAUUUAGCAAGAAUUCUGAAACUGGAAAUAUAGGUAUUGCUAGGGCAUUGACCUUGCUCAAGCAAUUAAGGGGAGGGAAAAGCAUUGUAUUAGCAUAGAAUUUUUUUUCCUGCUGUAUGUUCAUGAAACAUCUUUAUUAGAAAAAUGUGCCAGGCGAUGUUCUGAAUUUCAAAACAAGACCUGAAUUCAGUUAUCCUCAGUGAACCUCUUUUUAAGUUGUAUUGAUGUAAUUUACAAAGGUUUUUUUUGCCAAAUACGAUAUAUAUAUAUAUAAAUUUUAAAGGAAAAAAGAAAAGCAAACUGAGAGUCAAUCUAUGUUUCAUGAAUGGAAUAAGCUAGCCUUGCUGUAGAUUGUCUAAUAUUGCAAAAGAUUUUUAAAAAUUGAACAAAAAAAAAUCAGACAACAAUGCACUGAUCUUUUUAUUUACACCAAAUUAAUUUGGAUGUUAAAUAUAAAAUACAGCUUAAAUAUAAACUCUAUAUUUUUUUUCCACUUAAGGACUGCUAUUCAAAACUAGAUAAUAUAAAUCGGGUUUUUUAUGUGUGUACUGUAUGUAUAUACUGUAUAAUACAGGCACUCUAAUUUGUAUUUAAAAUGA